CGCUGGCUGAACAAACAUAUGGAGACGAGUACGAUGAUCAGAAGACAUCGGAGAAGUCUGCGUCUUCGCAUGUUCAAUGUCGAUAUGGAUAUGGACUCGAGAGGUGGCGGGAUAGGUAUCAUUGGCGUUCUGGGUGAUGGACGGUGAGGAAUGGACAUGAUGUUUCCAUGGUGUUCAAAGAGGUACGAGCAAAGGACCGAUAUCGUUACUUUCAAAACAGGGCUUUGUAUUUCUUACACUGCAUAGGCGGAGUCUCGUCAUUGAAACAGUCGUCUUUUCCCUAUUUCCUUGCACUUCCGAAUCGCGAGCCUUGUGACAUUUGUGACAGAAUGUUGAGUGAAGAUUGUUUGGCAUCAUCAGUGACAGCAUCCCUCAAGUGGACAGGGCAUGGUGAGCCGCCAUGAAGAGCAAUUCAAAACACGAUACAUCACGCAGUCAUAUGCGAAUGGCAAGUAAGGAGUUGUAG